AUGAAAAAACUCUACAACAAGAAAGGCAAAGUCCACCCAUCUCCAUCGCCGCCCUCCAUAGCCGAUCCUCUGGCUCUGCUCCCCGCAGCCAUUCUCACCCUAACCGCAGCCCUCUGUGAUGAAGACAAGCAGGUCCUCGCCUACCUCAUCUCCUGCACCAACAACAACAACAACAACUCAGGCAGCAAAUUCUGCACAACCCACGAGCCCAACAGAAGCAGAGGCGAGGCUGGUGGGCCCCGGCCUCACCUGCACCCUCCUCUGUUCCAGUGCGACUGCUUCAGGUGCUACACGAGCUUUUGGGCGCGCUGGGAUGCUUCGCCCAAUCGCCAGCUGAUACAUGAGAUCAUAGAGGCUUAUGAGGAGAGGCUGGCGGAGAAGAAGAAGAAGCUGAGGAGCUCAAAGGUGAGGAAGGCAGAGAGAAGGAAGAUGAACAAAGUUGGUGAUGAUGAAUUAAUUAAAGGCAGCAGGGGAAAUGGUCACAUGGGUUCUGGGGAAUUAGGGCAAGUGAUGAUGGAGGAGGUGGAGGUGGGCCCAGAUGUUGUUGUUGUUGAAAUGGACGGUGGUGAUUUCUCUGGUGAUGAUGAAGGCUCUGAAGUUGGGAUGGAGAAGGGGACCAUGAGGAGGCUGGUGAGUUUCAUUGGGGACAGGAUUUGGGGUGUUUGGAAUAGGGCUUAG